CACGGACUGCCGACACCACACACACACAGCUGUCGCGAACACUACAUUUAUUCGGAAUUCGGAACAGCGAAUUCGCAGUGAUACACAAUUAUACAACUGGAUUUUUGUAUUAUUGAAAUAAAUAGUUUCGGUGUGCAAGGCUUGGGAUCCGAGUGAGAGUGGUGUGAGGAAAGUGAGUGCAGGCGGAGCAUGCGCUUGCGCUGAUAUUUUCACUUUCUACGCGACGGGACACUGCGCACCAUGAUUCCCGUAAUACGGCUAGGCGCCAUACUGUGGCUGCUCUGCGCCGCACUAGCAGAGGUCACAGAACAGAACAGUACCACAACGAAGGCUAUCAGAACAACCAUCCUCCCCUCACGGACCACGAGGACAGAACUCAAAGUGUCCAGAAGCCUGAACCCUCUCGACACCACGACACUCAAUGUCAGAACGAAGUCAGGACAUGUCACACAGCUCAUUGUAAAGAAGAAGGAUAAGUCCACCACCUACGCCAGUAGCACUACUUCUGCGCCCACUACAGCCUCCCUCAGGACAACGGUAUCAAACUACAACUCUACAGAAGAGAACAAAAACAAAACCGAAAGUAGGGACCAGAGAAAAUUAAGCUUUAUGGGUGGAGUCAACAGCGACCUCGCUGGCUACGACUAUUAUCUGAAUCGCAACAAAAACCCUGAGGAACUAAGUGAUGUUAAAGCAGAAUACGGCAACUGGUCUCCAGUGUCGGUGUAUCCCGAAUCCGUUAUCCAGGACGAUGGGAAAAAGCCUGAAGCUGACCCCGAAACUUCUAACUACUACCCCACGUACGACAACGAGAAAAAGACUGAAAACAAAAAAGUUUACAUCACGUCAACCAGUCUUUUCGAUUACGGUGGACCCAUUAAGAGCUACAGGUUUGAUCCACAUAAUCCAGUCAUUAAAAACGACAGGAACCCAGUUUAUAUUGAAGUUGUGAGUACCAAAGUAUCUGAGGGAGAAGGAAAGACUUUCAAAGUACCAGACCCUGUCGUCAUAAACUCCGAAUCUAUGUAUAUAAAAAAGGCAAUCGAAAAGUUCAACAACAAGCGAGGCCGAUCUAUUUUAACCCUUGGCGAUGAUGGCAUCCCUGAAAUCCAAGGCGUAAGAAUGCCAGACGAUGAAUCCGAUAAGAAAACCUGGCGCAACGCAAGAGUUGUAAAUGGAGAGCUGCUCCCAUACCCCGAAGGCUACACUCCACCCAAAGCGAUCCCUGAAGCUGACGUGUACCCGGACGUCGCCGCCGCAGACCCCGCGCAGAGCUUCGGACCCUUCACAAAGGAAGAUAACUUCGAACCCAAAGACGGUCCCUUUACGAAAUUCGAUAACAUAAAAUUCGAAGCCUCUGACAGCGGUCCUUACCUAACGAGUGACAACACACCAUACUCGUACAAACAGAAAAAAGACAAUUACUAUCUCAAAUCCGGCUACGGUCCUUUCACUAAAGCUGAUAAUUCGAAAGUUGCCAACUCCAAACUUAUCGAAUAUAUUAAGCAGAUUAACGAACAAGAAUCCAAGCGUGAUUACUUCAGUGGACGCAGCUCGAGGUCGCACAAUGGUGACAUGGAAUUCGCCGAGAGCCACAUCCAGAGACGUAUGCUUCAGCACCCUGGAGAGGUCAGCUUCCCCAACUCCGCUAUGUACACGCCUAAGAAUGCUCGACCAGGCUUCGACGAGAGCGUCAGGAACCCUGUCCUGCAGUACGCGCACCCCGAGCUUGGAGUACAACCUGCGAAAGCGACCCGCGAUAACGUGGAGAAUUACGACAACAAAGAACGAAAAAUAAAAUACUACACGAAUAACAUUCCGAAAAGCGCUCACCCAUACCCCAUGGAGCCAGUCAAUGGCUACGGACAGCAACGCUCUCAGUCCUCGAUUAACGCUAAUAAAUACUACGAAGAUGAAUACAACAAGUUCUCGUACUACGAUCACAGCUACAGCCCGAACCAAGGCGCCAGGUAUCCGUACAACAACUACGCGUACAUCAAGCGAGUGCCCGAACCCUCUCUGUGGAAGAGGUUCACUGACUCUAUGAAGGACACAUUUAACAGCGCCAGCCAGACAGUUCAACAAUUUACCAAGCCCAUAAUGGACCCAAUUGCCAAAGUAGCACAGCCGGUCUUCGAGCCUAUUGUGGAGGCCACGCAAAAGAUUUCAUCCAACUUAGGCCUGUAUCCAUCAAAUUCGAUCCAAUCGCAGAGGUAUGCUCAAGACAAAAUUGGUGUAGUGGCAGCAGCUUCGGGUGCUCCCGGCAUGUUGCCGGCAAUCGGCUUGAUGGCAGGUGGAGCGGCUCUAGGACUCGGAGCAGUUGCUAUGGGCAGACUGUUAGACGUCAACCUGAUGCGCAGUGCUGGAUUGAGCGAGGAAGACAUUCAAGAGGAAAUAGAGAAAGAACAUAAGAGAUCCUUCGGUAGUGCCUACGACAUUGAUAGGCAAAUACUUAGCAGUCAAAAGAUUUACGACGACAACUACAAGAUGCCAAGUGAAAACGUAUACGUUGUUAUGUCACCGGACGGUGAAACAACUCGUGCCAAGCGUGAUGUGUUGAAUUUCUUUAAGGAGCCAAGUUAUCAAGGCGUCCGCUUGAGGAGAGUGAAGCGGAAGCACCUCGUCAAGCGAUCACUGAACGAGGACUUGCCUGAUGACUUGCAGCGCCUGGACGGAGGGUCGAGUCCCUCGUCACUGACGUCAGCAGCCCUGGACUUGGUGAAGCAGACUGACUGGAGAGACUCUCAGUGUGCAAAGUUCACGUUCUGCAAAGUUUUAACGUCACAACCUUCAGAUUCACUGUUCGCGAUGGAAAAGAAGAUGGAGUCGCUACUAAAGCUCAUCUCCCGCGGGGACGGCGCAAGCGCAGCAGUGGUGGCGCACCAGCUCGGUGACGUCAUGCAGGCCAGCAGAGACCACGACUGCCAUCGCUUCACCUGUGACCUGCACUAGAUCCUCAACCUCUUUACUGGCACUCUCGGAGACCUACCAUAACCAAUUUCAUUAAGAACUGUUUAAAGAAAAAUUGUGGUAAGGCAUGAGAGAGGCCAAUUUAUGUGAUCAAUUUAUCAAAUUAUGUGAAAUGAUAACCAACAAGAUUUUGCAACUUAGCUUGAUUAAUUUCUAACAAUGUAUCAUUCAUGAGUCAAAGGCUAAGUUGCAAAAUAAUUCUUGUUGAAACACGGACGUUGAAAAUAACAAUGUUGUGGGAAGUGCUAGUUCCUUCACCGGUAACCAGUGAAGCCAGUGAAAUGGAACUUUCAUACGUUUCAGUAACUUGUUACUUAUAGCGAAACGUCAAUAACUUGUGAGAAUAUUUACGUUUUACACACAUACAUAAUAAUAUGUAGUAUCUGCCUAGAGAAGGUAUGCUGUGUGAAUUGAUAUAUACAUAUACCUAUAGCCCAGACAAUCUUUUAACUAAGCAUGGUCCAAAACUACUGUUAGCAUUCG